GCUCUAAAUGUACAUUACAAGCUUGUUUCUUUUGGCGGUGGUCAGAGUCUUUAGGCUUGCUUCAGGCCAGCGGAUGUGUUUCCUGGUACUGAUUUACAGGUCGAUCAAGGUAAUGAUAAGCAGUCCGGUGGGUUUUUUUUGAACGCCGAUGGUGUCAAUGGUUAACUGUUACUCACCGCAUAGCGGGAGAUAAGACGUAUCCCGGAGAACACCUGAGAGGAAAACAUGUAACCAUGCAUGGACACGGGCAUGCACACAAAGGAACAAAAGGAAAACACACAUGCGCACACACACACACACACACACACACACACACACACACACACACACACACACACACACACACACACACACACACACACACACACACACACACACACACACACACACAGGCAUUAAUGACACCAUGAAUGAGAGGGAAAAGUUGUGUGUACUCUGUUCAGUGUAGUUUGUGUGUUUGUGUGUGCGUGCCUUGCUGUGGGUUUGUGAUUAUAUACACGUGUGUGUGUGUGUGUGCCACAGUCAGGGAAAUGGAAACUUUUGAGCUGCGGUUUUCCCUGUGGAGGAAUAUGUCAGGGUUGGCUUUUCCUCCAGCCUUGCAUCAUGAGAACAAAGCAUGCGCAGAGGGCAGCGGGCGCGUGCGGGUGGCUCCCUCUGCUGGCCGUCAAGGACACCGGCAGCUGACGACCGAUGGAAUACCCUGAAACACGUCAGCCUCCUGCAGUGUUUCUCCUGAAUUAGGAGCUAGGAUCGUGCGCAGGCAGAAGCGUGAACUAGUGAAGAUGCAGCAGUCUGCUCCCCGGGUCCCGGUACCCUGAAUGACAGACCCGUUGUUAGUGUUAAUAUUAUGAAUGACAGCUAUGUUUGUCUGACAGUGACAUCUCUGGGGAAAGGCUCCACUGAGGGUCACUUAAAAUGAAUUUAUUCAUUACCCGUUAUAAGUAUCUGCGUUUGUUUGCUUAUUACUUGUGUUAUUUUCUGCUUGUGUGUGUGUGUGUGUGUGUGUGUGUGUGUGUGUGUGUGUGUGUGUGUGUGUGUGUGCGUGUGCGCGUGUGGUUGUGUGUGUGUGUGUGUGUGUGUGUGUGUGUGUGUGUGUGUGUGUGUGUGUGUGUGUGCGUGUGUGCGCGUGUGCGUGUGUGUGUGUGUGCGUGUGCGCGUGUGGUUGUGUGUGUGUGUGUGUGUGUGUGUGUGUGUGUGUGUGUGUGUGUGUGUGUGUGUGUGUGUGUGUGUGCGUGUGUGCGUGUGGUUGUGUGUGUGUGUAGCCGGGAGAUGAAGCUAGAGAAGCGAUAUGGUGCCCCCCAGUUCCCGGGCUCCUGUGGUGGCAUCGCUAUGGUAACGCCCUCCAGCCACAUGAGGCUCUCCUUACAUCCCGCAUCCACCGGAGAGCUGAGGUUGGAGGUGGAAGCCGGCGCCCACCACCAGGGGAUCCCCGUACCCAGAGACGGGAGCUCCUCCUCUGGGUACUCCAGCUCGCUGGGCUCCCCCCGGUCCCCGUUGCGCCGGAGCACAGCUUUCGACAGGACCAAGGACGUUCAUAGACCGCUGGGGGUGCCGGAGAAGGAGCGGGCCUGCCUGCUGCUGCUGGGCUCCAGCGCGGGACGUCCCACCGCCCAGGUCCUCCCCGUCCAGACCGAGCCGCCCCCCCCUCUCCCAGCGCCCCCUCCGUCGGCCGCACCCCCCUCCUCCUCCUCCUCCUCCUCCUCCUCCUCCUCCUCCUCCUCCUCCUCCUCCUCCCCGUGCCACCCGGUCUUCAGCCUGGGCCCCCUGCACCCCCCCCACCCCGGGUACCCCCACCACCCGCUGCUGGCCCUCACCUCGCCGCGCAAGCUCCGCCCCCUCCCCAUGGGCCCCGACGACAGGACCAAGGCAGGCCUGGCCCCCCCGGGUCCGGGCGGGGGUCCCGGCCCGGGGGGCCUGCGGCUGGACGCGCUCCAGGACCCGGGCGGGUGUCGCGGCCUGAUGGGGGGCGGGGCCGUGGGGCUGAUGAUGGACACUAGCUCCGCCCUCGCCCCCGCCCCCGCCGCCUGCAGCCUGCAGCACGCGUCCCACGGCCCCCCCGUCCACUUCCACCUCUCCUCCGCCCCCGCCCCGGCCGCCUACUACUCCUACCCGGCCGGCGCCGCCUCCUUCUCCUCCGUCUUCUCCUCCUCCUGCUUCGCCCCCUACUCCUCCUCCUCCUCUUCCUCCCCCGGAGGGGGAGGAAGAGGAGGAGGAGGAGGAGGGGGGGGCGCCGGCUACGUUCCCAUGGCGACCGGGAUCAACCCAGCGCCGGGCAGCUACUGCUCCGCCCCCGCCGUCACGGCCAGCCCCUCCCCCUCCCCUCCCUCCUCCUCCUCCUCCUCCUCCUCCUCCUCCUCCUGCUCCUCCUCGCUGGACGGCCCCCCCCCCGGGGGGGCCAACAACGGGGGGGGCCACCACCCCCCGUCGGCGUGCCCCUGCAGCGCGUGCGGUUGCCACGGCGGCGGCUGCGGCGCGUUCGGGGCGCUGCCGGGCUACGCGGCGGCGGGCUACCUGCGGCCCUUCCCGGCGGCGGCGGCGGGGGGGCCGGGACCCUCGCUGUUCGCCCUGGGCCCCGUGCUGCACUUCAGCCCGCUGCUCCCCUCGCCCUCGCCCUCCUCCUCCUCCUCCUCGCCGUCCCCCGGCUGCGCCCCCGGCGGGGGACCCUUCACCUACCCGCUGGUGGCGCCGCAGGCCCUGUACCGCCACGGCCUCCUGUCACAUGACCUGCACCCGCCCCCCCCGCCGCAGCACGGCUGCGGGGGGCACGCGGCGCCGGAGACGCAGAGGAACGGUGUUCCCAAGCGGCCGCCAGGCGGCCUGUCGUGCUACAACUGCGGGGUCGGCGGGCACCGGGCCGAGGACUGCAGACAGCCCCCCAUGGACGCCCAGCAAGGGACAUUUCGACUCAAGUACAUCCCCCGCCCUGACAUUCAGGAAUCUGGGGAAUGACACAGUCCCCCCUCUUCCCCAACCCUGCAGCCAAAGUGUGGGGGGAAGUUGGCAUAAACUUCUAGAGACUGUUGGAUAGAAUGGGAAUUUCAUGGGAAUGUACUUGACCCACUUUAACUAUCCAUUCCAAACCUUCUUCAUCACCUCCGUAUCGUAGAGACAUGACAUCACGGAUCACCUCGGGAUCGGAAUGGGGGCAGGUAGCUCAGCACACCUGUCGUCCAAUCAACUCCUUGUAUAUUUGUAACCAUGCUGAAAGAGUCAGGCGGGAACUGAUCUCAUAUGGUGUGAGGAAGAGCUUUACUCUGUUUUCUCUGUCCCUCCUUCAUCACAACUCACACUACAAGCUGCUCCUGGGCUCAGUUCUGCCCAGAAGCGUGAAUACAGUAGAGAAUAUAGUAGAGAAUACAGUAGAGAAUACAGUAGAUAAUACAGUAGAGAAUACAGUAGAGAGAGCUCUGGAGAGCUGAGGUCUGCACUGUUCUGCCCUACCAAAUAUUAUGGUCUGUACCUGCUGCAUCAGCAACAACUCAUUUAGGGCGAUUUUUGUUAUGGAUGUCAUUUGUUAUAUAACAGUAAAUCAUACAUUUUUUAAGAUAAUUUGUAAAAUGCUAAUUUGGGAAAGCCAAUUCUAUUUAUAAUAUUAUUAUUAUUUGAUCGCACAUUGACAUGCAAUUUUAAACUGGAACUAUUAAGAUCUUGGGUUAUACAGAAACAAAGCAAUGUUUCAUUUUGCAUUUGCUGACUUUUCAAGAAUUAAAAAUAUAUGUACAUGCGUAUUGAAGAUAUUGACAAGGAUAGUUCAUACCUUGUUAGUCUUGAAUGGAACCAAAGCAAUAUAGAUUAGAACAUACAAAUAUGAAGAAAAAACUAAAGAUUUAUUCAGAAAUCAAAUGCAUUUGUCUUUAUAAGGUAGGCAGUUAAAAACCUAGGAUAUUUUAAUAUGCAUUUUUCUUUUACUUUCCGUAACAGGAUUUACAAGUUAUUAGAACAUGUUGCCAUUGGUCACCUCAAUGUAUUACAUUUUUCUUUUUUAUAGCUUGAGUAGUACAAUUUGUGCAUCCUUUGUCAUCACAGCCCAGAUUAUUUGUGUUUAUUACAUGGGUCUUCUCAACGCCGUGGAACGCUCCGUUCACUUGUAUGGGCCCUUCACAACUUCCGGCGGUGAAUUAUAUUUGAUAAUUCACCGUUGCUAAGUAUAAUUGACCGCUGUCAAGGAAAACAAAGGAUUUUCUGCCUCUAAUGACAUCUUUGGUAUCACUCCGCAAGUAGUCCGGUAACUUGUCAACCCCAGCGUCUUCGGUUGCUAAGCGACGUCAACGUCUUUGGCGGACUAUUUCUCUGCUGAUAAACACUACGAAUGCUGGUAACAAAUAAAUUGUAAAAAGACACACCAUGGGAAGUUAUUUUUUCGUUUUUGGCAAGUAGCCGUGUAAUAAGCGGGAUAAUGUAUAGAACGUCGCCGGUCUUUAUCGAAAAUUACCCCCUUCAGGGCGAAGCAAGACACCUCCGCUGCGCGUCGUUUUCCCUGUCGGGGCUUAUUUUCCCGAUAAUGACCGGCGUACUAUACAUUACCCUUGACAUACUUAUUUUAUGUCAAGGGUAUAUCAGUAUCUGAAAUGGGUAUGUUAACUUUUGGUAUCAGGUUAUUGACUAACUUUUACAAUGGUUCAAUGUGUUGGUGGUUGAUUAUCUCAAGCAAACAACUCUGAUUGCAUUGUUAAAAAGCACAUUUUCCUGUGUGUGUGUGUGUGUGUGUGUGUGUGUGUGUGUGUGUGUGUGUGUGUGUGUGUGUGUGUGUGUGUGUGUGUGUGUGUGUGUGUGUGUGUGUGUGUGUGUGUGUGUGUGUGUAUAAGUGUUUUGCAAUACAUAAGUUGUCCGGCAGGGCCCGACAACUUUCCGACACAAGGACAGCUGGUCCUGCAGAUGCCAUCAUGCGCCCCUGGAGGGCGCUGUACAUAGGGAGAGUAUAUUUAAAACAACAGGUUUCAACUCUGUGGAACUAAUUGCAUGUCAUGUUCACAUUAAAAUUACAAAAUAAUUUGUAAUUUCUUGGGAUUUUCUGUUUUUUUCUGUUCCAAAGUCUAAAGAGUCCAGAAGAAAUAAGAUUGUCUAAAAUGUUUUAUUCAUUAUGCUGCAUCUAAAAGCUACUGUUGCUUUCACCAUGUUUUUAGGAUUGUUCUUCACCAGCAGUGUUGAUGGGAAAUGAUUGAGAAAACAAAUUCAGAUGGGGGCACUAUAAUAAGCAAGUUUACGUUUUGGCUAAUAACGUCUGAACCUAAGGGAAAUCUAACCAUAUAAACCAAGUCUGCAGACCAGAAUCUCUGCUUGUCUGAAUUUUUGGAAAAACCCAAAUCAUGUUUUCGUUGGCACUGCAGUUGUGUACAGUAUUUUUUUAAUAGAUGUAUAUUGAUCGCUGCGGGGCAAUGACAACAACUGGUGUUAUAUUUUCCAACAGAUGAAUAUUUUAAUGUAUUCCAGCUUUUGAUAUAAAUAAAAAUUGCUUUGACAACGUG